GAAUCUUCUGCUGCGGUUAACUGUGCAUUGCUAUAAAAGUAAACUGACAGAAGAUAACCCCAAAGACAGUGUAAUCUAACGUGUGCAGCACUAUGAAGCGUUUGCAGCUAUUAGCAACGGUCAUUUGCCUCUUCGGAGCUCAGGCAGAACCAGCUCGUACACCACGUAUCAUCAAUGGACAAAUCGCUCCCAACGUGGGAUACAACGCAUACGUUCUCUACUCGACUGAAACUUACCAGGGAUUCUUUGGCGGUGGCACGAUCAUUUCCAACCGGCACGUUCUGACCUCGGCCCGGAUCAUCAGAGGAUACGUCCAGUGGGAUAUAGGAGUCGGAAGUAACGUCUUCGUGAGGUUAACCAUCCUGAAAUCGAAAACUGCUACAUCGCAUCCUCAAUUUGAUCCCAAUACUGCGGCCAACGACAUCGGUAUUAUAACCCUGCCGGAGUCACUGGUGUUCACAUCCAACAUCUACCCGGUGGCCCUUCCGGAUCUGACCACUGAUCGGACGAAUCUCUUUCCCUUUGAAAAUGAGGAAGGCACGAUCGUCGGCUUCGGGUACACUAGUGGAAUUUCAACGGAUCGAUCGGACCUCCUGCAGCAGUCCUUCCAGCGGGUGACUGCCGACGCGGUUUGCGAGGGACUAUACCAGACUACGCUGGCUCAGCACUUUUGCGCCAAAGAUAUCGUCCAGUUGUCCAACAUGUGCAUUGGUGAUGUGGGUGUAGGGUUUGUGACCUAUGUGCGGGGACGUCCGACCGUUACCGGGAUUACGUCGUAUGUAAGAGAGAUAUGCGGAACCACGAGCCCGACGGGCUUCACCCGUGUGCAGUACUACCGUGACUGGAUCAGAACGGUGACACAGUUGUGACGAGGUGUGUGAACGAUGUUUAGUGUAGAAAUUGAUCUCUAAGCUAGUGAUCAGGCAUUUGUAAUAAAAUAUGGAGGUUGCUAUUACGGA